AUGGCGAGCUCAAAAGGAACCAUCCUUGUAACAGGCGCGAAUGGAGGCCUCGGUUGCGGUAUUGUUUCUCGCAUCAUCUCGACCCCAGAACUCGCUCUUUAUCAUGGUAUCUACGUUGUUCGUGAUGCGACCCAAGCCUCAGCACUUGAGUCAGUCCUCACCCGGGCUUCAAGCUCACACACUUAUCGCAUUAUGUCUCUUGAUUUGACGAGCCUUGACAACACACGGGCCAUCGCCAAAUCUCUCCGCACUGAAGUUGAGGAAGGGGCGAUCCCUCCAUUCUGCAGACUCAUAUUGGCUGCUGGGUAUAAUGAUAUGGGGGAGCAGAGUGAGACCGAGGAAGGCUUUGAUGCCGCCUUCGUGGCCAAUUACUUGGGACAUUGGCUAUUGACUCUCAUGCUACUCCAAGCUAUGGACCGAGAGCACGGCCGGAUUGUAGUUGUCGGCAGCGAUGCGUACGAGCGCAAGUACCUCUCGUUGCUACCUCUGGUCUUCGAGAGUUGGGUGGAGGGAAAGGGCAAGGUUGACCCCAAGAUUAAGCAGGCCCUAUAUGAGGACGACGCCAUUAUAGAUGUUCCCAUACUUGCUCUGGCCGAGUGGGACACGGUGAGUUCUCUGUGGGAUUCUAGGUUGAGCUUCGUCAGGGGGACGGUUCCACGUUGUGUUGAAAACGCAUUCAUGGCCAUUGCCAUCGAUGAGAGGAGAUGGAGCUUCCAACCCAUGCUAUGGACGCGUCAAGCGAAUGCCGCUACCACGCGAGUUGAGCAGUGUCUUUUUGCAGGCCACCACGGGGAUAUUGGGGGCGGCAAUAUCGAUACUGGUCUAUCCACGAUUGCAUUAUUAUGGAUGAUGUCCCAGAUUGAAGAUGUUAGCAACGCAUCCUUCGAAUCGGGAGCGUUGCUGCAGUCAAUCGUACCUAUUCUGCCUAAGAACUUAUCAACAGAGAAGCUCUCUACAGGCCAACCAGCGCAUGUCCUGAGGUAUGAAGGCCUACUAAGGUCCAAGGGUCAGGUGAAUCAUCCACCUUGGUGGUGGUCAAUCCCCCAUAAACUCUCGUUCGGCAUGUUCAGUGGCGACCGUGACCGCUGUGUUGGAGAGGUUGUUGGGAGCGGCCGCGGGUUGGGCAAUGAGAUCAAAGUCCAUUUCACCGUCCCGCUUCUAGCAAAAGAGGCCAUGAAAAGCCAUGGUAACCCAAAUGGAUCUCAGGAUAUUGAAGUGUGGAACGGGUUGAACUUUCAGAUGUCAACACCAACCGAGAAUGAAAUACGCCUCUGGAAGGUGUGGAGUAAGCUCGCUACGGAAUGGUAUCCUGACUCCCAGCGCGGAAAGACAGACGAAAUGAAGAGAUGGGGCAGUGUCCUUGAGAAGCUUGGGAUGAAGCCAAUCGAUGGGAGUGGCAAAGAUCCGGUGGUUCAUCGUGUGUUGAAGGCGAUGAAGAGCAAAUGGCCGGCCCUCCACCAGCGAUUUAGUGAACAAGAGGAGGAUCAGGGCGGUCUUGAGGAGGGGGAGUCCCGGGAUUCUACUGAUUCACCAAAGCCGCAAUAG